GUAAGUAUCCAACAGCCAGGAGGCACCUGGCUUGCUUUCUACUGGGGUGCAUAGUACACAGUAGCAGGUCGGUAAAUGUGUGAAGGCCCCGCUGUUGAAGGCCUCUGUUAAGAGCCUCCGACGCGACUCUCGCCUCCCAGUCUCACCCACGUGGCAGCUGGUGAAUGAACUUUCUUCCACGCCCUUGCAUUUGCUGUGCCAGGGCUGGCGCAAUCUGAGCCAAACGUGAUUCCUUUUUCACUCACCCCAUUUCCAUGCUUUAUUUUCCUCACGGUGCUUAACACUAAAAUUACUCAGUAGCUCGAAUGCAGGACCCCCAGCGCCAAGAACGGCUCCGGCACACAGUGAGUGAAUGAAAUAAAGCACUUUGCACAGUAAGAACUAACGAAUAUUAUCGCACCGCAUAACUCCAAACUGGGCGGUCCCAGCCCUGCCUCCCUUUCCCUCGGAAGUGCCGAGGUCCCGGAGCAGCCCGCGCUACCCUGCGCCUGACCUUUCUCCCCUGGGUCAGUUAAACGGGCCCUCUUUCCCGCCCGCCCGUCGCUUUUGAAAAACCGAAAACCCCGCCAUUGUUCGCGGUUCACCGGUCGCCGAAGUUUGUCCAAUCAGAAGCGGGCCCGCCCACGCCGGCGCACAAAGCCUCCCUGGCAACGCGUGGCCAUUGGCUGCGCUGGCAAGGAGGGCGGAGCACUACAGGGUCGGGAGCCGGGCAUCGCAGCUGGGCUACAACGUAGCAAGUUCAUAAGAAAACAAAUCCGCGGCGUUUGGGGGCGGGGCCGCGAGAGCUCUGGCUCCGCCCCCUAGCGGCCUGCUCCGCAGCGGCGGAGACGCUGGCUCAGAACAGACCCCGCCCGAAGAGGAGGAGGGAGGGCCGCCAGUAUCGACAUGCUGCUGGAAGAGGUCCACGCCGGCGACCGGCUGAGCGGGGCGGCGGCCCGAGGAGACGUGCAGGAGGUGCGCCGCCUUCUGCACCGCGAGCUGGUGCACCCAGACGUUCUGAACCGCUUUGGCAAGACGGCGCUGCAGGUCAUGAUGUUCGGCAGUCCCACCAUUGCCCUGGAACUCCUGAAGCAAGGCGCCAGCCCCAAUGUCCAGGACGCCUCGGGCACCACUCCGGCCCACGAUGCAGCCCGCACUGGAUUCCUUGACACCCUAAAAGUGCUGGUGGAGCACGGUGCCGAUGUCAACGCACCCGAUGGCACCGGGGCGCUCCCCAUCCACCUGGCAGUGAGAGAGGGCCACACCCCUGUGGUCAGCUUCCUGGCUGCCGAGUCUGAUCUCCAUCACAGGGACGCCAGGGGGCUCACACCCCUAGAGCUGGCACGGGGGAGAGGGGCCCAGGAGCUCAUGGACAUACUGCAGCGGCACACAGUGGCACCCCUGUGACCUGGGGCCACCCACUCCAGCAGCAGGACGCAGCUGAGUUCUGUGUCAGAAGAGGGAAGAAACACUUUCUCCCUUUGCUCCUCCUGCCCGCUGCCGAGGGGCACCGGUUUGUGGCUUGUUGGUGUUGAUUUCUGGGGUGUGUGUGUUUGACGUGCAUUUCUCGUUUUUUUUUCUCACCCCUUUCGGUGUGUUGGGCAGAGAAGGGCUCCUAGAGGCAACAGCCACCUGAACGGUUCAGUUUCCUCCACGCCUACAGACUGAGUCCCAAGGGCAGAGCGUUUAAAACCCCAGCCCUCGAGAGUGAGAGAGUGAGGUCAUCUCUUCCAAGGCUCUUGGAACCUGUCGACCUUGGCCGGCUUACGGAGAGAGACCUCAAGUGUGCACACUGCUUUCCGGCAUGGGGGAGGGGGGAGUGUUCCAAAUCGAUAAAAGGGUAGUAUGAGUUCAUUCAUAUUUUGUUGAAAGCUUCAUUUCCAGUCCCUUGUACAGCGUUUAAAAAAAAAAGUCUAUUUAUUAAGCUUUAUAGAAAAUAUUGUUGUGUGUGUAAUUUAAUGUUUUUACCCAUUAAAUUAAGACUGGUGCAUGACCACA